GUGCGGUCUUGGAGUGCUGCAACGAACGAUCAUACGAAAUUUCACCUUUUAAAACACUCCAAGAGGAGCAAAAUGAGGGCUCUAGUGUUCGCCGCGUGUAUAUUGGCUGCUGCCAUGAUGAGUGAUGCGCAGAUAAUCAGUCAUGUGAUAGAAAUUUUGAAAUCAAAACAGUUUGAUAUUCGAGAACUAAUUUCUUUUCGUAUAAAGUUCAUACAAUGCGCUGUGAAAUUGGGUGUCUUAAAGGGCCUCACACCUGAGAUACUUGUCUGUAUAGCGCAAAAGAACCAUCUUAUCGAUGAAGAGGGUGGACUAAUAUGGGAUAAAGUUCGGAUGUACAUUACGAAACUCAUUCGUAACCCGAAGAAGCUAGAUGACAUCAAUGAGAUUUGCAAAAGGUGCAAAGAAGAAGGCGAUAAAGUCGAAGGAACCAAGUAUGAGAAAACCUUGAAAUCCAUGGAAUGCGGGGUGCCAACAAUUCGAUAUAUUUUACAACAAAUCUGAUAGUAUUCUGAAAUAUUAUAGUUUAAAAAUUGUUUUUACACAAAAUA